AUGUCGUCCGACGAGGCCGAGACCGGGGCGGCGACGGGCGCCGAGGCCAUGAGCACGGAGACCUUGGUGGCGGCCGUCAAGGCCUACAAGGACCGCUGCGUGCGCCUCGAGACGCUCAUCGCGCAGCAGAAGCAUGCGAUGCAUGCGGUCGAGGAAGAGAACAACAAGAUGAAGCGCAUCAUGGUCGGCGCCAAGCGCAGCCUCGAGAACAAGAAGGCCGCGUGCGAAGCGCUCCAGCAGCAGGUGCUCGAGCUCAAGGCCGCCGAGAAGAAGGCACCGGACGCGGCCACGAGCGCCAAGCGGGAGCCUCGGCGCAUUCUGCAAAAGGUCAAGCAAGCGAUGCCAAUGGGCCCGACGCUGCUUUGGUGUCUUGUCGAGUACGCGAGCGAGAACGACUUGGACGACGAUGUGAAGCCGCCCGAGUGCGACUGGGUCUCGUUCCGCUCCGAAGACGAGCUGCACGACUACAUUCGCAAGACGAGCGGCGAGCCGCUUCGGCUGCCCGAGUUGUCGCUGACGCCGCCCGAGAUCCAAGAGAUGAAGCAAGAACUUAGCGAAGAGCUCGAGCGUGUCCAGGAAGAGUUUCGGCGGUACCGCGUUCGGGCCGAGAUUACAAGGAAACAAAAGGACGCUGAAAUCCGAAAGAUGAGCGCAUCGACGCUGGCGCGGCAGCAAGAGCAGCUCUCGGGCACGGAUGUCCAGAACGAGCUCCAGGCCGCGCGGCUGCAAGUGCGCCGGCUCGUCCAGCUCCAGACGAUGGCCGACGAAAAGGAGAGCGAGUGGAGCGAAAAGUACGCCAAGCUCCAGCGCGAGCACGAAAAGCUCAGCGGCGCGAUGGGCGAGACCGUCCUUGCAAUGGAGUGGCGAGAGCGGUACGAGGCGGUGCUCCGAGAAAAAACGGACCUCGAAGCCAAGCUCUCGUCGAGCGACGCCAGCUUCCAGCUCGCGCAGGACCUCGACGGCAACGACGUGGCCAAGCUCAAGACCGAGUUUGCGCUCUACCGCAAGCGCGCCAUGCAGGUCGUCGAACAAAAGGAGAAGGAGCUGCAGGCCGCGAGGGGCCAGCUCGGGGAUGCGCCGCGGUCCAACUCGUCGGGGACGUUUUCAUCGGCGGGCUUGCGACGCAUGAGUAGCUCCAACAGCCUCAGUGGCUUUGAGACGUCGCCGCACGCACCGACGACGAACGAGUACCUCAAGAACAUCGUCGUCAAGUACAUGAGCACCGAGCACGCCGAGGUCAAGGAGCACAUGGAGAAGGCGAUCGCGACCGUGCUCCAGUUCUCGCCCUCGGAGCUCAAGCUCAUCGAGGACAAGCGGCACGCGGCGUCGGGCUGGGCGCUCUGGUGA